UUGCAUCAGCUCCGAAGACACUAACUUUCCAAGGAUUUCUCCAGUUUUCAGAGGUGCUGUUGCUUCCUCACCAUUAGCAGCAGUGUGUGAAUUUCUUAAUGAAAGGUUCAUCAAAAUGAAAAAAUGGAGUUUAUUUUACUUACUACUUCUACACAUAACAAUCAUAUGCUCUCUGGAUUCACCAUUCCAGAAGACUGUAGGAAGUUGUUUCCAGGAGCAGCUGAGACUCCAGGCCCAGGUGAGACUUCUGGAACACAGUGUGAAGCAACAACAGGCAAAAAUUGUGGACCUCUUAAUGGAGAGGGAUAUUCAGAGCAGAGAUAAAGAAGGUGGAAACAGUGUCAUCAGUCUGGGAGAAGAAACAGAGUAUAAAGAUUGUGCAGAAAUCUAUCAUGCUGGUCAUACACAAAGUGGAUUUUACAAGAUGAAACCACUAAAAAGCCCCAGUGGAUUCUUUGCCUACUGUGAUAUGUCAGAAGGAGGUGGGUGGACAGUCUUUCAGAGACGGUCAGAUGGGAGUCAAAAUUUUGAUAGAAAUUGGACUGAAUAUGAACAAGGUUUUGGAGAUUUUACUUCGGCAAAUGGUGAAUACUGGCUUGGAAAUAAAAAUCUGCACUAUCUGACUUCUCAGGGGAAUUAUACCUUGAAAAUCGAUUUGUCUGACUUUAUGGGUGAACAGCGCUUUGCACAGUAUGAAAAGUUUCGAGUUGCAGAUGAGCAGAAUUCCUACAUGAUGAAUUGUGGGCAAUACUCAGGAACAGCUGGUGACUCUCUCACUGGGGGGUUUCAUCCUGAAGUUAAAUGGUGGGCAAAUCACCAAGGGAUGAAAUUCAGUACCAAAGAUAGAGAUAAUGACAACUAUGAAAAGAACUGUGCUAAAGAAGAUCAAGCUGGCUGGUGGUUUAACAGAUGUCAUACUGCCAACCUGAAUGGACUGUACCAUGAUGGACCCUAUUCAGCAUGGACAGACAAUGGGAUUGUGUGGUACACGUGGCAUGGGUGGUGGUAUUCCUUGAAAUCUGUUGUCAUGAAAGUCAGACCAUCAAACUUCAGUCCCAGUGUAGUUUAAGUCUGCUUCCCAUAUUGAUCUUCUUAAUCAAAUCAGUCAUAUGUGCACUGUGACAUUCACUUCCUUCACUUAGAUAACAAAUCCAUUGAGUCAGGCUCAGCCAUUGGUGAGUAUAUGGACACUUCACAUAGGUUUCUUGGUAGCAAUAGGGAACCAGUUUGCCAUUACCUUCUUCUCAGAAGCUCUUUUUAACUUCCUGGUCCAAUUUACAGCCCUAGGAUUUCCUGAUGCUCCCCACUGAAGCUCUAACCAGGUCUAACCCUGUUUGGGUUUUUUGAGAUCAGCCAAGGUUAGCCAAAUGCUGCCACCACCUAACCAGGUUUCAUUUUCUUAAAGUAAAAUCUCCUUUGAGUGAGCUCCAUUUCUAGUAAUUUCAAGGGUAUGUUCAUGCACUUUUUGCCUCUUACCUUUCUGUAAAACAACAAUCCAAAGUAGGAUUAAGCACUGAAGCCACUGAUUUUCCAAAGCUUAAAUGUGCAUAAUGCUCAGGCAAGUGAAAUGCUUUUAUGUAUUUUUACUGGUAAAACAAAUGGAGUGGAUAUCUAAACAACAUGAAGUCUUUAAUUCCAUAGUUAUGUGUCUUUUACAGCAGUCACGAGCUAAAAAAUAUUUUAGAUCCUUUUCCAUAAUGGCUGCAUUACUAGAAGAUUUAAGACUUCAUUUGUCUUUAAGAUCAUUAAUUCUACCAUGUUUUGGACUUGCCUUUCCUCACAAGCAGAAUAUAUUCUAAAAUUACACCUGAUGAAGUUAAGUCUUUCAGAUAUUUUAAACUGUAGAGCUACAGAUCUGUGAAAACCUAUAUACCUCUUUUCAGAUUUUCUGAAUGUUUGCCUAUCUUUGCUGUUAAAUAUUAUUAAAGCAGACCUUCAUGCGGGUCCUACUCAAAUCUACUAAAUCUACUAAAAUAAAUACGUAAAGAGAGUUUGAAUAGAUGUAUAAUACUAACAUUUAGUGCUGCUUUCAUUUCAUUAACAAAGUCACCCAAUAUUCAAUGUGCCAGUGCAAAAACAUGAUCCCCCCAGUUCAGUUAAAAGAAUAUCUGAGUCCAUUUGUAUGAGAACGCCCAUUCUGAAUGGGGCAUGCCAAGCCCCAUUCAGAAGAAAUAUCUGAAUAGUUCCAUAAAAUAUAGUUAUUACCUAUCAGUCUGGAAAAAAUUACAAAAAGUAUCUGAAGCUUUAGGGAUCCAUAGUCCAAGUAUUGAACUGGAGAAGAUGAAACUUCCAAAGGGUGACUGUCCUCUCAAAGUCAUUCCAUCACUACCAUUUAUGAAAUAAAGAAGCCCCAAGCUUUGGUGUUACCUGCUCACUUGGACUCCCUUUUUCUAUAUAUUGAAGCACUAAAAAUAUUCUGAAAUGCGUGAAAUACGUUUUCACAGAGCUACAUGUAUUUUAGCUUUAUCACAUAUACAGUAGUUUGCCAUUCCUUUACCACUUUGUGAAGUUAGUCAUGCUGUACUUAGGGAGGAUAGAAGAACGAUGAAAGUGAAUUUCAGAAGCAAUGCACAGUAAAUGGCCCAGAGUGGGAUAGAACUAAGUGAUUAAAUCUUGCAUCUAAUUAGGGGAAUCCAAUACGGUACCAUUUGUUUUAGCCUGCGAUUUAUUUUUGAUGUAACUUGUAAUCAUUCAACAGUAGGGACACUGCAGUGAGGAUAUUUCCUAAAUAAAGUUAUAUAAAGGUAUAUUGUUUUUCCAACCUACAACAUCACAAAAGCUGCUGCAACUGAACUCAGAAUAAUAUAUAGUUUAUAUGA